AUGCCUGCAGAAAGAGAGGAUGAAAUUUGUCGAAAGGCGCUGGAACUGCUCUCCGAAAUGUGCUCUAAGGGAGAGGUGCAGGACGAGCACUGCCUGGAUUUCAUUUACUACUUCAGGGACCUGGCCAGACCGCGUUACACAGACUCAGAUGUAUCGGUGAGCCUUUUGUCCCUGCUGGUCACCACCUGUGGUUUGGCUCUAUUCAGCGUCUCCCUCUUUGUCUCAUGGAAGUUAUGCUGGGUGCCACUGAGUGGCCGUUUCCUCCCAGAUGUCUUCAAGAGGGCGCACUGCUUGGGUGGAGACCAACAGCCCGUCCUCACAGAGGUGGAGGGGGAAGAAAGGGAGUACAGCGAGGACGGCUGUGUGAAGGAGCCUUCAGGACCCCCCUCGGCUGUGGCUGUCCCAGAGUCAGGACUAAAGAUAAGCCACACGUCACCGGACAUCCCCCUGGAGACCCAGGCCAAACUGGAGAAAAACCAGGUCCACACCCUGGCCAGGGACAGGGUCCAGAGACAGAUUACUGAGCCUACCUCAUCUGUACGGCACAAUUCCAUCCGUCGUCAGAUGAACUUGUCCAAUCCAGAUUUCAACCCUGCUCAGUUCCAGCGUCAAGAGUCACUGUCUGGUUUGGGCCGAAUCAAACCAGAACUCUACAAACAGCGAUCAGUCGAUGCAGAAGAUGGACGUUGCACAGACAGCUGUGGGCGUCUCCUCUUCGUUCUGAAGUUUGACUUUGACCUAGAGCAGCUGAUCGUGAAGAUCCACAAGGCUCAGGAUCUUCCGGCAAAGGACUUCUCAGGGACCUCCGACCCUUAUGUCAAGAUCUACCUGCUGCCUGACCGCAAAACCAAGCACCAGACCAAGGUGCACCGCAAGACACUCAACCCAGUGUUCGAUGAGGUGUUUCUCUUUCCUGUGGCGUAUGCUGAGCUGUCAAGCCGUAAACUGCACUUCAGCAUCUACGACUUUGACAGGUUCUCUCGCCAUGACUUGAUUGGCCAAGUGGUUGUGGACAACUUCCUGGAUCUUGCCAACUUUCCCCGGGAGACAAAGCUGUGCCGGGACAUACAUUAUGUAACCUCGGACAAUGUGGACCUAGGAGAGCUGAUGUUCUCAUUGUGCUAUCUCCCCACGGCUGGCAGACUCACCAUCACCAUGAUCAAGGCCAGAAAUCUCAAAGCCAUGGACAUCACUGGAGCUUCAGAUCCAUAUGUGAAAGUGUCCUUGAUGUGUGAAGGCCGGAGGCUAAAGAAGAGGAAGACGUCAACCAAGCGUAACACUCUAAACCCAUUGUACAAUGAAGCCAUUGUGUUUGAUGUUCCUCCUGAGAACAUCAACCAGAUUAGCCUGCUCAUAGCUGUCAUGGACUAUGAUCGGGUCGGACAUAAUGAAGUGAUCGGGGUGUGCAGGGUGGGCAAUGAGGCUGAGAGCCUUGGGCGAGACCACUGGAAUGAGAUGCUGACAUACCCAAGGAAACCCAUUGCACACUGGCACCCGCUAAUGGAGGUCCCGCUUUGGCGCAGCUCCCCGGGUCAUCGGGGGCGACUGGCGCAGCUCCUGGGGCGUCAGGGGCGACUGGCAUCGGAGGCUUGGACCCCGUCAUAA